AUGAAUAAACUAAUUGCAGCAGUUUUUUUUAUAUUGACUUUGUUCCAAACUUAUAUCAAUGCAGAGACACCCGAAGUAACACACAAGGCAUAUUUUGAUAUAAGCAUAAAUGACAAGCCAAUAGGAAGAAUAGUUUUUGGAUUAUAUGGAAAGGUUGCUCCAAAGACGGUUGAAAAUUUUGUAAGUAUUUGCAAAGGAACUGUUGUUAAUGAUAAAAUGCUAAACUAUACAAACUCAAUUUUCCAUCGUAUUAUACCAAAUUUUAUGGCACAAGGUGGUGAUAUAACAAAUUUUAAUGGAACUGGUGGCUUAAGUAUUUAUGGAAAUAAAUUUGACGAUGAAAACUUUACAUUAAAACAUACAAAAAGAGGAAUUUUAUCAAUGGCAAAUGCAGGAAGAAAUACUAAUGGAAGCCAAUUUUUUAUUUUAUUUGUACCCACACCAUGGCUUGAUGGAAGACAUGUUGUUUUUGGAGAAGUAAUUGAAGGCAUUGAAAAGUUAGUUCAAAUCGAAGCAGUUGGUACCGAAUCAGGUAAACCAUUAAGUAGAGUCCUAGUAACACAAUCGGGCGUAUUAUAA